AUGGAAAAUACCAAGGCAGCGAUAGAUGAGCCUGGAGGUCAGAGUGAACAACUUGCUGCCGAUCCCUUAGACCUUUUUGUGGCGUACCCAUUCUCUACGGACACAAUGUACCAGCAAGGUCUGUCAGGCAUUCUGGGAACUGGUGCCUUAGAUGGAAAGUCGGACGAUGAGAAGAAGGAUGUUCUACUUCGCUCGCAAGUUUUCUACUUCAACCGCAUAACUGGCUAUUCUAUUGCUGUGGAUAAUGCUCGAACUCGUUGGGAGCAAAUAGCACAGCUGGGACUGCAUCCUCCCGCAAUAGCAGACCCCUCCGCGAUGACACAUGGGCAAUCAAACAUGGACAACAAUGGCGAGACGCGCACCUUGACUUUUGUGGAGCUCAAAGAAUUGAUCGAGCAAGGCAAAACUGAUCAGAUACCGAACAAUCGAAGUAUUCCAAAUGAGUUGAAUAGUGCUAUGCCUAGUGAGUCCAGAGCAAAUCUAAGAAAGAAGCCAUGGGAGAUAGAUGCACAGAAAACGUAA